GCGACGUUUUUCAGUCUUCGGUGUGGGCUCGGUGGCGCUGGCAGGGGUGUGGGGCGGUCUCGGUAGUCGGCGGCAGCGGCGGCCCUAGGUGGGGAGGGCCCCUGCGCGAUGGGGCGGCGGUAGACGCGCUCCUACAUUAGAGGCUAGAGGCGGCCGCGGUCAUCAGGCCCGCCGCGAACUUAGGCGGGGCUCAGGGUUGGGGAGGCCCGGGGCGGGGGUCGUCCCGGGCUGCGUGGGGCUGCGGGGCGGGGCUCGGAGGCAGUCGGGCAGUAGGAGGCCUGGGCAGCCGCGAGGAGCGCCGCUGGCCGCUGGGCCCCGCCACCAGGCCGCUCGACGACGACGCUCCCGUGGGAGACUAGCCUGAGGAGGACGCGGCGGCGGCGGCGAGGCCGCGGGAGGCCGCGGAGGAUGGAGGAGCGGAAGGAAGAGGGCGAGGCGGAGAUCCAGGAGCACGGGCCCGAGCACUGGUUCUCCAAGUGGGAGCGGCAGUGCUUGGCCGAGGCCGAGCAGGACGAGCAGCUGCCCCCGGAGCUGCAGGAGGAAGCGGGGGCCGCAGCGCAGCCCGAGCACAAGCAGCAGAAGCUGUGGCACCUUUUCCAGAAUUCGGCCACCGCCGUGGCCCAGCUCUACAAAGACCGAGUGUGUCAGCAGCCAGGACUUUCUCUCUGGGUCCCUUUCCAAAAUGCAGCCACCGCCGUCACCAACCUCUACAAAGAAAGCGUGGAUACCCAUCAACGAAGUUUUGAUAUUGGAAUUCAGAUUGGCUAUCAGCGACGCAAUAAGGAUGUGUUGGCUUGGGUUAAAAAGCGCAGAAGAACUAUUCGUAGAGAAGAUUUGAUCAGCUUUCUGUGUGGGAAAGUUCCUCCACCACGAAACUCUAGAGCUCCCCCAAGACUGACUGUAGUGUCCCCUAACCGAGCUACUUCAACGGAAACUAGCUCAUCUGUAGAGACUGAUUUGCAACCCUUCCGGGAAGCCAUAGCUCUGCAUGGUCUUAGUGGUGCAAUGGCUAGUAUAAGCGUGCGUUCGAGUACCCCAGGCUCUCCUACACAUGUAAGCAGUGGAUCGAAUGCUAGUCGAAGGAGAAAUGGACUCCAUGAUGUCGAUUUGAACACUUUCAUAUCAGAAGAAAUGGCACUCCACUUGGACAAUGGUGGAACUAGAAAGCGUACCUCAGCCCAGUGUGGCGAUGUCAUUACAGACUCACCAACCCAUAAACGCAACAGAAUGAUCUAAACUGAAAACAUUUUCACACCCACCAUGCUGCUUGAAAGCCACUUGAUCCUCAACAUAUACUAUUAUUGCAAAGGAAACAUGAGGCCAUCUUCCCUUGUUCAGUUUAAGACAAGUGAAUUCUAUAGUGGUUGCCAUAAAUGGAAGUUCUAGGUAUUUACAGUAGAUGCCUCUUGUAACUAUGGCUUUCUUAAAACUAUAAUCCUAAGCAGAGGACAUCAGAUAUUGUGUAGUCGUUAGCAAGAUCAUCAUAGGCAAACAUAUAUUCGUUCCAAGGCUAAAAGUGACCUUAACUGUAUUUAUUCUCAAAGGGAAAGGAAAUAUCGGAUGUUUAUUUGGUUACAGAGUGCGUUUUUAAAAAAAUUUCCUGCUGUGCUGAGUAUUUUGCUUCAACAGUAUUGCCAGGUUCCUAAAAUUGUCUAAAACACACGAUUUGGCUUCCUUGUCAAAUCUGCAGGCUUCCAUUUUUUGCACAGCAGCACUGUAUCAUGCACCUGGUUUCUAUAUAGUAACAGUGUGCAACUUCUAAUUAUCGAACUGUGCUCUGGUUUUAGUUUUCACAGCAGUUGCAAAUUCUGGUGAUUGUGUGAUGUUAAGAGGUGCUAUGAUGGUCAUGCAGUUAAUACUUAAUAUUGAAUCAAUACAAAGAACUAUUGGAUUCACUUUGUGUGUGUUAGUGCUCUAAAAGUAGCAAUAAUAUUAAAUUGCCCCCAGAUUAACCCUGUAGGCUUAAACUCCAGUUUUAAGACAAGUACUGCUUCCCAUGCAGGGUACUAUACUUAAAGUAAAUGUAAACAUGUAGACUACUCAAGGUGGCCUCAAGUAGAGAGGUUAUGAACUUUGAGAGUGGGCUUCCUCUUUGGUUUGGUAUUCAUGAGAGGGAGAUGGAUGGUGGGAGGGUAGGUAUUCCAGACUUUCUGUUAUGCUUUACAUUUCUCAUGAGUACCCUACUUUGUGCAGUUUCCAUAGGAAUGGGUGGCAGGUAAGAAAAGGUCUUUUAUCUGCUUAUAAUGUGAUUACAACUUAAAUAGCAAAACCCAACUCUCCAGUCCUUCUCUUAAAAAGUGCUGUUUGGAUUCUCAUUCUGGAAAAGAUGGAAUCGCAUGGAGGUUCUCUAGAUGUUAGGUAGAGCUAAAUAAAAAUUCCACUAUAUUUCUCUUUUGGGUAAAUAUAAGACCUCUUGUAGCUACUAUGUUUUAGAGCAUGUUUCAUCUUCAUUUUUAGUACCUUCAACUGAAUGAUAGUCUUUUUUAGAUGAAGAACUGAUGUCAGCCUGCCAGGUACUGUAAUUUAUUCUAUCCUAUUAUUAUAUAAUAUAUAUCAAGUAGGACAGUGACAAAUGUUUCCUUGCAAAUUUGUAGUCCAAUAUCAGUUACUUUCUAUUUUUAUCCUUAAAAGACCAUUGCAAAUCCAAUGUAAGGAUUUUUCCAGUAAUUUACUCACAGCACUUUGUUAAAGUUUGCAAUUUCUCCAGCCAUUUAAUAAUACCUUUAUGUGAAGAAACUUUGCUAAGUUAGCCAUAAUAUUCAUGGACUGGGUGGGAUGAGAAUAGAAUGUUAGAAAUGUGUGAACCGAAGUUCUGCAAUCAUAUAUAUAAAACCUUUAUUUAAAGUCAAUUUCAUACUAUAGGAAUGAAAGGAAAGGUAUUUCUAAAUUUUUGCAAAAAUGGAUCAUUUUUAUUUGAAUAUUAUAGCAGGAGGAAUUACAGCAAUCAUUUUACCUGAAACGGACAAGCCUCCUCUGUAUUAGGAAUACUUGCAAGCUGCACUUUGGACUGUAGUAAGAAAUGCAGUUGGAGUUAUCUGUGUUUUUCUGUCAUUGUAAAUUUAGAUGCUGGGACUGGGGUUUGAUGGUGAUGCGUUGCUCACAAUUGGCCAGAACUCCUCCUAGAGGAUUUUUUGAGAUCGAGGAACACAUAUUCAAUCUCCCCUUUAUACCUUGGUUCUAGUUCCUCUUUUCAAAUUGAGUGGCAAUUUUGGGGGGGCUUGUUUUAGUUGCUGCUCUGAUGCUUAAUCUCAGUACCCUUUACUCUCAAUUGUCAAAUUUUGGUAAAACAUGUGCCAUUUUCUUUGGUAAGAGAAAGCAGGUGUUACUGUCUGCCAGAACACAAUUUAUAUGCCUUAUUGGCUGCAUUAAACUUUUUGAAAACUUUA